AUGAAUCGUGGAAUUCUCCUUGCGUUCCUCCUAAUUAGUUCUCUGGUUACUGUGGAGGGUGGUCUGGGCAGAAGCUUGAAGAAGCGUCUGAAGAGCAUUGGUAGACCAUUUGAGAGGGGCGCAAAGCAAGCUGCUGAAAUUGCUGCUGCAGGCGCUGUUGCAAAAGUAGCAGCAGGAGCGUUAUCGGGAAGGCGUAAAAGGUCUGAAGACGAGGGAGCGUAUGGGAACGUGGAAGAAAACUCGUUGAAAGGAUUGAUGCAGUGGGACGGCGAAAAGUAA